AUCCCCAAAAUACCCCAAAAACCACCCUAAAACUACCCCAAAAAUCCCCCAAAAAACCGUCCUGGAAUGAUCCCAAAAUCCCCCAAAAAUCCCCCAAAAAUGGCUCCCCAAUACCCCCCAAAACCCCCAAAAUACCCAAAAUACCCCAGAAAUCCCCGUACUGGUUUAACUGGUCCAUACUGGUCCAUACUGGUCCAUAAUGGUCCAUACUGGUCCAUACUGGUUUAUACUGGUCCAUACUGGUCCAUACCGGUCCAUACUGGUCCAUACUGGUUUAUACUGGUCCAUACUGGUCCAUACUGGUCCAUACUGGUUUAUACUGGUCCAUACUGGUUUAUACUGGUUUAUACUGGUCCAUACUGGUCCAUACUGGUCCAUACUGGUCCAUACUGGUCCAUACCGGUCCAUACUGGUCCAUACUGGUCCAUACUGGUCCAUACUGGUCCAUACUGGUCCAUACCGGUCCAUACUGGUCCAUACCGGUCCAUACUGGUCCAUACCGGUCCAUACUGGUCCAUACUGGUCCAUACUGGUCCAUACUGGUCCAUACUGGUCCAUACUGGUCCAUACUGGUCCAUACUGGUGUAUACUGGUCCAUACCGGUCCGUACUGGUCCAUACUGGUUUAUACUGGUCCAUACUGGUUUCAGGCUGCCUGCUGACCCUGGCCCUGCUGUUGGCGGCUCUGGAGCCUCGGGGCCGAGCCCGGGAGAUCCGGGAGCACCUGGAGAACCUGCAGGUCGCUGACCCCCUGCGCUCCGGGUUCGUGGCCGAUGUUCGCCGUCGCUUCGAGGCCGCGCUGGCCGUGCUGGGAGCGGGGGAGGGGCUGAGCCUGAGCCACAAGGGCCUGACCUCGGUGCCGUUACUGGAGCGUUUGGCCGCGCUCACCCUGCUGGAGCUGGGUUAUACUGGUUUAUACUGGUUUGGGAGGUUUAUACUGGUUUAUACUGGUUUAUAUGAUCCAUACUGGUUUAUACUGGUUUAUACUGGUUUAUACUGGUCCAUACUGGUUUAUACUGGUCCAUACUGGUUUAUACUGGUUUGUACUGGUUUAGGGCCUGACCUCGGUGCCGUUGCUGGAGCGUUUGGCCGCCCUGACCCGCCUGGAUCUGACUGGGAACGAGCUGCGGGCGCUGCCGGCGGCGCUGGGGGCGCUGCGGAGGCUGAGGUCCCUCCCAGUAAGCCCAGUUUGCAGGAACUGGAUCUCUCCGAUAACCACGUGACCGAAGUGGGCGUGGCCCCGCCCCUCCCCCGCCUGCGGCUGCUGCGGCUGGACCGGAACCCCAUUGGCCACGCCCCCGCUCUGGCCCCAUUGGCUGCCUGGCCCCGCCUUGCCCAGCUGGGAUUGGCUGAGACCCCGCUGGGCUCCGCCCCCGGAGGCCCCGCCCACCUGGCCGAGCUCCUCCCUGGCGUUGACGUCACCUUCAGCUGAUUGGCUGCUGCUGCUGGCCACGCCCCCCUCCCGGUGUGGCCACGCCCCCUCUUGCCACGAACACUUCCGGGUUCGGCCCCGCCCCUUUCCCGGCGUUCAAUAAAGUCAUGUCCCAGUUCAAA